AACUGGCAACACUACACAGGUUCAUAAUUUGCCAGAAUGAGGUUUAUUUAAGUUUCAACGAAAAAGUUUAGUUUAAGAUGCACUUUAAUGUUUUGUUAUUCGUCGUCGUAUCGACGGUUUCUGCUUCAACCUCAAACAAUGACUCGUUUCACGAAUCGUUAAAUAUUCGUGUGUUGGGCAACGAACAAGUUUAUUCGUUUUUUAAUUUUACAACAAACUGGGACUUUGAAAACGAAUUCAACAAAACCCAUUAUAAUUUAUUCCCGAGAUCGAUCGGACAAAUCGUCCAAAAAUAUGAAAUCGCGGAACUUCAUUUUACGAUGACGCAGGGGUUAUGGAGGUAUCAGUUAUGGGGGUUUCCCGAUGCUUCAGCCCCAACGGGGGCGCAGGUGUGGGUUUGGUUCAAGAAAGGAACAAGAAAUAUCGAUGACAAAUGGAAAGGAUUCACAAACGCUUUGUCGGGAACUUUCUGCGCCUCGUUGAACUUAAUCAACCAUGAAGUAACCGUCUCGCCCAAGGUCUCGUUCCGACCAACGGGAGUCGUUGAAAGCGCUGACAACUCAUUGUUGCGUCAUGGGGGGUUGUCACGCGAGAAUUUGUGCACAGAGAAUCUUACCCCUUGGAUGAAAUUGUUGCCGUGUGGUUCGAAACAUGGACCUUCUUCGUUACUUAACCCAAGCUCACUACAACACAGCAGAUAUUUAUCAAUCGGUCUCCAUUAUAAUUCAUUAUGUCACGAUGUUGCUUGUAGUUCAACAUACGUACAACUUCAACAGCACGUCUCAGUUGUUCAUGAUAUACGAACAACUCUCGAUCAAUACCCCAACUUCAGCCUCGCUUCAAUAUUUGAUCGCCCCCUCCACCCAUCUUGCCCCCUUGCCACCACGAGCCACACCCACAUAGCCCCGCCCCUCGAUGUCGACAUCACGCCAACCAUGGAGACACGCGGCCAACUUAAAUAUCUCGAUCUACGAAACUUGAACUCUCCAACCAACAUAAAGUUUACAUGGCGACGGUUACCACGGUCACCAACCCCUGAAACAAUGGGCAUUGGCAGCCAUUGUUACAUCACAGGCCUUGGACAAGAUGGUGGAAUAACAUGUUUGUUAACAAACAAUGAACAUUAUAAUGUUUCAAUCAUAUUCCUCCAAGUUAUACCGUGGUACCUUCGCGCGCAAAUCCACACGUUGACCGUAAAAACAAACACGGGGUCAGACAUCGAGCCCACGUGGUUGUCGUUCACCCCCGCCCAUAUUAGGGGCUCACCCCACAACCUCGAGAUGGUACUUUCCCUACCCCGAGAAUCAAGAGUAACUUUAAGCUUGGGGUUUGAUCGUGGGUUCAUGACGUGGGUGACCCACCCCCCCGACGCUAACCAUGGGUUCUACAUUCAACCCUCUAUGAUAACGAUCCCCGCCCCCCAUGGUGUGGUGAGGGUUUAUGGGGAAGCUUUGCUCGUCAAUAUCCCGGUGCCGGACUUUUCAAUGCCGUACAAUGUCAUAUGUUUAGUUUGUACUGUGCUUGCAAUAGCCUUUGGUUCGCUACACAACUUAUCAACGAGGAAAUUUGAAGUUGUUCCGAAAUCUUCCCCAAAUAAUUUGUUUGGAAAAUUUGUUUCAGUUUUUAAAAAAUCAAGUCGAUGAUUGUGAUGUAAUUUUGAUUUUUAAAAAAAAUUUUUUAGGAAUAUUCCAAAAGGUCAAAAGUUGUGAGAAUGAUGUGUUUGUGUUUUGUAGA